UCGGCGCCUGGCGCCAUGGGGGCUUCGGACCCGGAAGUGGCGCCUUGGGCUCCCGGCGGCGCCGCGGGGAUGGCGGGAGCCGGAGCUGGAGCAGGAGCUCGCGGCGGCGCGCCGGCGGGAGUCGAGGCCCGCGCUCGCGACCCGCCGCCCGCGCACCGCGCGCACCCUCGCCACCCUCGGCCCGCGGCUCAGCCGUCGGCGCGCAGGAUGGACGGCGGCGCGGGGGGUCCGGGCUCCGGGGACAACGCCCCGACCACCGAGGCUCUGUUCGUGGCGCUGGGCGCGGGCGUGACGGCUCUGAGCCACCCGCUGCUCUACGUGAAGCUGCUGAUCCAGGUGGGUCACGAGCCGAUGCCCCCCACCCUUGGGACCAACGUGCUGGGGAGGAAGGUCCUCUACCUGCCGAGCUUCUUCACCUACGCCAAGUACAUUGUCCAGGUGGAUGGAAAGAUAGGGCUGUUCCGGGGCCUGAGCCCCCGCCUGAUGUCCAACGCCUUGUCCACGGUGACCCGAGGCAGCAUGAAGAAGGUUUUCCCUCCAGACGAGAUCGAGCAGGUUUCCAACAAGGAUGACAUGAAGACUUCGCUGAAGAAAGUUGUGAAAGAGACAUCCUAUGAGAUGAUGAUGCAGUGUGUGUCGCGCAUGCUGGCCCAUCCUUUGCAUGUCAUCUCAAUGCGCUGCAUGGUACAGUUUGUGGGACGGGAGGCCAAGUACAGUGGCGUCCUGAGCUCCAUUGGGAAGAUUUUCAAGGAGGAGGGGCUGCUGGGAUUCUUCGUCGGCUUAAUCCCUCACCUCCUGGGCGAUGUGGUUUUCUUAUGGGGCUGUAACCUGCUGGCCCACUUCAUCAAUGCCUACCUGGUGGAUGACAGCUUCAGCCAGGCGCUGGCCAUCAGGAGCUAUACCAAGUUCGUCAUGGGGAUAGCAGUAAGCAUGCUGACAUACCCCUUCCUGCUUGUUGGAGAUCUCAUGGCUGUCAACAACUGUGGGCUGCAGGCUGGACUCCCUCCGUAUUCCCCCGUGUUCAAGUCCUGGAUCCACUGCUGGAAGUACCUGAGUGUGCAGGGUCAGCUCUUCCGCGGCUCCAGCCUGCUUUUCCGACGGGUGUCACCGGGGUCGUGCUUUGCCCUGGAGUAACCUAAGUCACCUGACCAAACAUUUAUGGGGUCCUGGCCUCUCCCUGGUGAGGGCCUGUCAUCUCAGCUGCCUGAGGGGCUCUAGCCCAGCCUGGCUUCAUGCCCAUAUUUGCCAUGUGUCUGUCCAGAUGUGGGGCUGGUGGCGGUGGUUCACCUGGGACCCGGGGAAGCCUGGGGGGGGUUGGGCAGUGUUGGGGAGGAAUCCCAUCCUGCCCAGACGUACAGCAGAGAAAGGCUGUGGAGGCAAAGGUCACAGGAGGCAGAGGCUCACAGGGUCAGGUCCCUCCGCCUACAGCCCAGCUCACCCUGCCACUCAACCAGAAGCUCCCGCCCCUGCUUGGUAUCCAGGGCGCCAUCAUGCCCGCGCCCGUGCUGUGAGGGCUAGCCCUGUGUCCUGCCCUUCCUUGUUUGCAACACUACUUUUCUGACACAAGGGCAGUGCCUUCCCCUGACUAGGAAAUCAUGUGACCCCCUCAGUAGUGCCCUCAUCUCCUUGUCUGUAAUGGUGACACCAGGUGUGAGGGUCCUGCCGCCUGUGCGGUGUGUGAAUGCGCACAGGUUGCGCAGGCCAAUGUCUAGUCCUCCCCUCAUGGUAAGAUGUGACCCCAUCUCCUCGAAUAAAUGUAUUGGUGGUGAUUUGGA